AUGAGAGAUGCCUUGUCAAACUACCUAGAAAAGGAACAACGAGCCCUCUCGAAAAUAUCGUCCUCGAAAAACCUGACCUCGAAAAACAAGAGUGCAUUCCUUCGAAAUUCCCGAUUUGAGAUCUUCCACGAGAAUAAGGAUGUCCCACUACUCCUUGAGCUGAUCACCGCGAUAAAUACGGAGACACCCUCGGAGACAUCGACUCUCCAUACGAUAAUAACGAGGCUCCAGUCAAAAAUCUCGAAUCUGAUUCCACGACUGAUUCGGUCUGUGCGUCUAGAGCUAAAGGAAGAGGAGGUUAGCCACUUCACCACAUUUACAAAGGACUUUAUCGAGCUUGAGCUCACAACACAGAGAGGAUACUUCGCACUCUUCGGGGAUCUCUUCGUUUUUCUCGUCCGUCUCCUAGAGUAUAAAGAGCGAGAAGAGCCGGAUGGGAAUUAUGACUACCUACAGAGUAUUCACCUCUCGACCACUCUCGUGGAUCAUCUUCAUGACCUUCAACGCGGAUUAUACGGCUUAUUACUCGAGAUAUUCGAGGAACAUAACGAGCAGAGCCUCCAAAAUCUCGAGGCACUCGUCGUCGAUAUCGUUAUGGACCUCUUACGCACUGAGGUUAAGUUUGAGACUACCCUAGAGUAUACUACCUUCCGAAACCCAGUGAUACUCUUUCUUGUCCUGCAGUCGAUAAAUCCGAGUGACCAGUCGUUUAAAUCGGAGUCGGUGAUUUCGAAGAUGACCUCAAAGAUCAUCUACGCCUCCCGCCUCUUCCUCCUUGGCUCGAUCUGGACGAAGGAGCUCCAGCAAAAUCAGAAUCCAGACUCGUUAUUUGAUGUGGCGGAGUAUUAUCGGACGAAUCUUCCGUGGGUGACGGUAUCUCAUGGCCAUAACUACUUUGAGGAGGUCGGACGGAUUCGAAGAUAUCUACUUAAGGCUCUGAAAGAACGAGUCUCGGAGAACAAGCCGAUUAUCGAUCUAGGGCUGGAUACCUACCUCGUCUACGAAAAAAAAUAUACAUUCCGCGGAAUUUGCGAGCUUCACCAGCGACUGGAGAAAGACCUGCUCGACCUUCUCUUUUCUCGACUGAUCCUUCUUCCGCAACGAGACCUCCCUCGCCUAAAUCUAGCCGAUCUCGAAGACAACUCGUCCAUCUCGACUGAAGGCUAUUAUUUGGCGGAUAACCCCUCGUUUAUUCCGACGAAGGAGUAUAUACGGCGUCAGCUUGUCGACCCGAACUCUCCGAUCUAUCGGUCGCUAUUUUCGAAGGGUGCGUCGAACGGGACGAGGCACUGGCGCCGCACAACAAUCGUCGAGUUCUUCCGGGCACGCCAGGCCUUUAUAAAGCUCUUCCUGUUGGCCGCGCACCUGGCGAGCGGAAGCCCUCUACGAGGAACGGAGUGGGAGUAUACGACCUAUCGAAAUAUUCGAGGUACCGAUA